GCAAUAAGGAGGGAAAAGUUGCUUCUCCCUUUCCCGCGGAUAGACAAAACACACGCCGCAGUCGUAGAUUGCUAAAUUCCCGUAAUAUCCCUGCACUUAACCGAUACUCCCUUGGAUAAAUUCUGUAAGGUUACAAUCGUCAAUUAAAAUCCAAAUUCCAAACUUCUCCCCGCGUUCUCCCAAGCUCUUGUAUCCUAACCGCUAUUUUUACCAAUCCUAUUACAACUCGACAAAGCAGAAAAAGAAUGAAUUACGAGCAGAGACUCAAGGCAGCAGCUACUAUUAUACUCGACGCCGACGCACGCGCCGAAGACGUCCCUCUAGACACUGCAGAAAUCGGUAUUACGGCGACGCUUAAACCACACCAAGUGGAAGGUGUCUCGUGGCUUAUACGGAGAUAUCUUCUCGGCGUCAACGUUAUACUUGGAGAUGAGAUGGGAUUGGGGAAAACGCUACAAGCUAUUUCUUUCUUAAGUUAUUUGAAAGUUCACCGAAAAUCACCUGGACCUUUUUUGGUAUUGUGUCCUCUAAGUGUCACAGAUGGCUGGGUCUCAGAAAUGGCUAAAUUCACUCCAAAAUUAAAGGUGCUCAGGUAUGUUGGUGACAAAGAACACAGGCGCAGUGUACGGAAGGCAAUAUAUGAUCAUGUAAACGGACAUUCCUCCUUAGCUGAUGGAUCAUUGUUACCUUUUGAUGUGCUGUUGACAACCUAUGACAUAGCAUUGAUAGAUCAAGAUUUUCUUUCUCAAAUUCCUUGGCAUUAUGCAAUCAUUGAUGAAGCUCAAAGACUUAAAAAUCCUUCCAGUGUUCUAUAUAAUGUACUCAAAGAUCGUUUUCUCAUUCCAAGACGGCUAUUGAUGACUGGCACUCCUAUUCAAAAUAAUCUCACUGAACUGUGGGCCUUGAUGCAUUUCUGUAUGACUUUAGUGUUUGGGACUCUGGAGCAGUUCCUUUACACAUUCAAAGAAGCUGGAGAUCUCACAUCAGGUCUUCACACGGAAAAGGUGAAAGGGCAAUUUAAGACUUUAAAGUGCAUAUUGAAAGCUUUCAUGCUCAGAAGAACAAAAUCCAAGCUUAUGGAGUGUGGUAUCCUACUGCUGCCACCACUUACUGAGGUUACUGUGAUGGUUCCACUGGUCAGCCUCCAAAAGAGGGUUUAUAUGUCAAUAUUGAGGAAAGAGCUUCCGGAACUUCUUGCAUUUUCUUCUGCAUCGUCUAAUCAUCAAUCUCUACAGAAUAUUGUAAUACAGCUUCGAAAAGCCUGUAGUCACCCUUACCUCUUUCCUGGUAUUGAGCCUGAGCCAUUUGAAGAGGGUGAACACCUAGGGCAGGCGAGUGGAAAGCUUAUAAUUUUGGACCAACUACUUCAGAAACUACAUGAUUCUGGGCAUCGUGUCCUUCUCUUUGCACAGAUGACCCAUACACUUGACAUUUUACAGGAUUUUUUGGAGUUACGCAACUAUUCCUAUGAGCGUCUUGAUGGUUCAAUCCGGGCUGAGGAACGGUUUGCUGCCAUAAGAAGUUUUAGUGGACAAUUAGGGAAGUUGAAUUCUGAAAUUGACGAAAAUAGUGCUUUUGUUUUCUUGAUAUCUACGAGGGCUGGAGGAGUUGGCUUAACUCUUGUGGCUGCAGACACGGUUAUAUUCUAUGAGCAAGAUUGGAAUCCCCAAGUUGACAAGCAAGCUUUACAGAGAGCACACCGGAUUGGUCAAAUCAAUCAUGUGUUAUCAAUAAACUUGGUCACAAGGCAUACUGUAGAAGAGGCCAUUAUGCAAAGGGCAGAGAAGAAAUUGCAGCUUAGUCGUAAUGUCGUAGGGGAUGACAUUAUGGAACAGGAAGGAAAAGAAACAGGAUUUGAAACCGUUGAUUUGCGAUCUAUCAUAUUUGGAUUACAUAUGUUUGAUCCUUCAGAUAUCAAUACUGAAAAAUCAGAUGAACCAAAUAUGUCACAAUUGACUUCUAUGAUAGAGAAGGUAAUUGCUAUGCACAACAAUCAGAAAUUGGGAAAGGACAAUAAGUAUGAGCUAAAUCAAAUUGAUCAAAACAGUUUUGAUGUUAUUAGGGGAAAACCUGCUUUUGUUGAUUAUGAUCCUGGUCUUGAUGAGGCAUCAUAUCUCUCAUGGGUUGAAAAGUUUAAGGAAGCAUCAAAAUCAAGUGACAACAGUUUCUUGGAUUUGGGACACAGAAAGAGCAUACCUGAGGAUAAGCAUCUCAAACUUGAGGCUGCAAGGAAGAAAGCGGAAGAGAAAAAGUUAUCUAAGUGGGAAUCCCUUGGAUACCAUUCAUUGUCUGUUCAAGAUCCUGACCAAGAUGUGUUUCGUGAUGUCUUGUCAGAUUCUGGCUCUCUUCAAUUUAUUGCUGGAGAUUGUACAGAUCCAGCAAAAGUAUGCCCAUCUGAGCCCACCAUCAUAUUCAGUUGUGUAGAUGGCUCUGGAAAUUGGGGCCACGGAGGAAUGUUUAAUGCACUGGCCAAGCUGUCUUCAAGUAUCCCUAAUGCCUAUCGACAGGCAUAUGAAUUUAGGGAUCUUCAUCUUGGUGAUCUCCAUCUAAUAAGAAUCAAUGAUGAUACAGGAUGUGAUUCUCCUCAGUGGGUGGCUUUGGCUGUUGUGCAAUCAUAUAAUCCUAGGCGUAAAGUGCGCAGCAAUAUCUCUAUUCCUGACCUGGAGUGUUGCCUAUCUAAGGCUUCAUAUGUGGCAGCUCAGAAUACUGCCUCGAUCCACAUGCCUCGUAUUGGGUAUCAAGAUGAAUCAAAUAGGUCGCAGUGGUACACCGUGGAACGUCUUCUACGAAAAUAUGCAUCCAUUUAUGGAAUAAAGAUCUAUGUGUAUUAUCAUAAGCGAUCAUCUUGAAGCUUGGUGUAGCUGAUUGCGCAAAGCAAAUUGAUAUUUGUAGUUGUGACUCACAAUGGAUUUGGACGAAUGAAACAGCUGAAGCAGCAUGUAUAUGAUAGUAUACUGAGAACGUUUGAUCAGAUAUUAUAGGUUUCACUUAUUUAUUAUGUAAGACCUAAAUUUUGCUCAUUUGGAUUUUGGUAGGUGAUCUGGUGUAGGAAGCUUGAGUUUAGAGUUAACCAUUUUCAGUAUUAAACUCUGCCUCUCUAAUACUGAAAAUGGAUGAGAAUAUAGUCUUCCGUUUUGAAAUCCUGCUUGGAAGUUUCCAUUUAUAAUGGGCCACGGUGAUCAUGGUUAAAUGCGUA